AUCUGCAAUUUAUUUCAGACAUACAUUUCAUGUAUUGUCGGUACAUUUCUUCAUAAAAGGGUAAUUACAUAAAAAGGUAAUAACAUAUGUACGUUCGAUCCGUUUUGUAACGUGCGUUAUAAAAAUUUCUAAUCUUAUAGGAAAAAUCUAAUAUAUUCUAAUUUGAAAGUUUUAAAAAAUUUAUAAAACUAAUAAAUAUUGUUUCGAUUUUUUAGAUAAUUUCUUAUCGAUUUAGUUUCGCUUUCCGAAUCGAUUCGCUCGAAGGAAGAAAGUAAAAGCUUUUUAUAAAUGAUUUUUUCGUCUCGGAUUGUGGUGUCAUUAAGCGAAAGAUCGCUUCGACGAAGCGCUUAUCGCGUUUCGCUAUGCGACGACGAUGACGAUGACGACGACGAUGCGGUAGUUGCACGGUUCGAUGCACCGGUGCUUUACGCUACUUCAUUCACUAGCACGAGGUACCACUUUAAGAAAGGAAGACUAGAAUCGCAUGACAAUUUCCUUAUAGAAUGAAUUUUUAUGAAUGUAAAGCGACGUUUCUCAUACUCUAAAGAAAUAUUGCUUCGUUUUCUAUAAUAACAUUUUUGCCUUGUCUCCUACAUAACUAUCGCUAUUCUCCUAUUAUAUCGCUUGUCUCUUACGUUGAAUCGAACUCAUCAAGACUAAUAAUCCUUUUGGUGACUUCAACAAUGAAAUUAUAGGAAAUGAUACAUAGAUUUUUAUAUAAUUUGGUUUUUAAGAAUCUAUUAUUUUAUUAUUAUAAAAAUUUGUUAUAUUGUACUAUAUAAAUCAAGACUAAUAAUCCUUUGAGUGAUUUCAAAAAUAAAAUUAUAAGAAAGAAUGCAUAAAUUUUUAUAUAAUUUGGAUUUUAGAGAAUAUAUUAUUCUAUUAUUAUAAAACUAUUAUUAUAUUAUGUUAUAAAAGUCAAGACUAAUAAAUCUUUUGAUAACUUUAAAAAUGAAAUUGUAGGAAAGAAUACAUACAUUUGUAUACUGGAUUGUAUAUAUUGGAUUUAAAAAUCUGUUGUUAUUAUUAUUACAAAACUGUGUAAUAUAUAUAUGUAUCGUGGGAUCUAGGACUAUUCUUCUCGAAUAUAACUAACCAAAUUUUUAAUGUGCGAAACUGUAUAUGUCGACUUUAUAUCGAUAUUUCUUCAUUAUUUAUUGUUUAACUUGCUCAUAAAAAUGUACAUUUUUAAUUUAUACUUAAAGAGUUAAUAUGGAUAUAUGCGUGUUGUAUAUAGAUCCAUGCACUUAUUUGUAUAAAUCGCAUAUACUAUACAUACAUAGAUACAUACAUACAUACAUACACACACACACACACACACACACAUAGAAAAAGAGAAGGAGAAAAAGACAUUGGAAGAACCCCUUCGCAAAAGAAUAAAAAACGUAAAUUCUUCGAAUGGCCGUGACGUGGCGCCUGGGAAAGGCGCGUUGCUUAGGUCUUAUGUUAGACAAGACGCUUGGCUAGCGCGAAAUAAAGGAAAAUAUAGAACAGAUGGGCGGCCAAACUUGGCGUAGCGUGGCAUAAUGAUAACACGCUCGAAUAAUAAGGAUAGCGGGAGAGGAUACAGGGUUGGAUACGCACGCGUGCCUUUGCGUUCGGGGCCUGUCUUCCGCUUCCACUCGAACGAGUGUGUACGUUCUGCUUCUAACUACGGACGUGGCUCAGUCUGGACUCAAACACCUUCGAUGACGCUUCUCACUUCGAACGCGAAUACAUUUACCUAUCUCUUUUGAACACAAGGCUCCUUAACGUGUCCUUUUCGUGUUCAAGAAACAACGAACAAAAUUGUUUUAAAAAUAAUUUUAAGAAAAUGCGCGAAAAAUCAUCAUCGUUUUUAAACGUAGUACCUUUCAAAAGUGUUUCGUGUUUUCUUCGUUUGAUGGCGAUAGUGUACCCAACGUGCUCCCCCGCAAAACCCUGAACUUGUUUAUUCUCGAGUCAGAUUCGUUUAAGGACGCAACUCAAAGACGAGUAAGAAGCCUGCUCGUAGAUUCAAAUCGACAAUCUAUUCUUUCUUUUUUUUUUUUAAUCGUGUAUAACGUCGUAUAUAUUAUCAUCUUAUUAAUAGUAUCUAUAUUAUUGUUUCGCGACAAGUUGAAAGAAAUAAAUAAUUGUCGCUUAAUAAAUUGAUCGAGAUGACUCGAUAACGAAAUACGUAGCUUUAUACGAUGAGCAAUCGGUGAAGUCGAAGAGGCGCGCUUUCAUCGUUCGAACGAAGAUGAAAUUCCCGCGCGUCGCUUCGACGAUCCAUCGCUUAACGAUCGUCCUCGCGAUUACGAUCGUCGCAUGCGCUCAACAACGAUUCAAGGAAGUUCCAGCGAUUUAUCAGGAAGUCUCGGCUGGUCACGAUGUGCAAUUACCUUGUAAAGUGCAAGAUAAAAAGGGACAGUGUAUUUGGCAAAAGGAUCGAAAACCUGUCGGGAUAUAUCCGGACAAAUAUGAGUGGUUUAGUCUACGUAGUAACGAUUGCACUCUUCUUAUCAGAAGAGCAUCUCUCGAGUUCGACGAUGGAUUUUGGGAGUGUCAAGUAACUUCCGGUGAUUUUAUGCGACAAGAUGCCUUGACAUCAUUGCCGGCACGUCUACUCGUUCGAGUGAAACCGAGAAAACCGAGUUUAGAAUACGGAGGUACGAUUUUAAAUACCUCCCUAACAUUGAGGGAAGGACAGGAAGUGACGAUUUCCUGCGUGUCCAGAUAUGGAAAUCCAGUAGCCCUUAUAAAGUGGUUUAUAGGAGAUGAGGAAGUUGAGGCACUGAGAGAACAAAUGAAUGCCACCGAGGUGGAUAAUCCUAAAACUUGGGCAGCCCACAGUCUUUUACGCAUUCGUGGCCGUCGAGAAUAUCACGGUCGAAUGAUUCGAUGCAUUACUAUUCAUCCGUCUAGUCCAGUACCAGCUACCACGGAGUCCCAGCUGAACAUCCAUUAUUCUCCAGAAGUGAGAUUUCAAACGAGUCCACGUUGGAUGACAAGCUCGCUGGAGGAUUCGACGAGUUUUAUGAACUUGAAAUGCGUUGCAGACGCCAAUCCAAGCGCGAUGAUCAAGUGGUUUAAAGAUUCAACUCCUAUAAGUAGCGAGAACAUUUUAUUGCUGACGGAGAACAGAACUGAGAGUAACAGCACCUCGACGGUAUCUGAAUUGAGAUUCGAGCCGGUUAAGAGGAACGAUGCCGGGCUCUAUUCUUGCAAGGCGGUUAAUAUCAUCGGUGAAAGCCCACCGGCUAAUUAUGCACUCGAUGUUCAAUUCGCACCACGAGCAAAGAGAAUGGAAGAUUCGAACGAUAACGAAACCCUGAUGGAGAUCGAAGAAACAGCACAGCUUGGCUCGAGCGUGGAGACGUUUGAAUGUCCGGAAUUCGAGGGCAAUCCAAUACCGCGCUACAAGUGGUUACACUUACGCGGUGGCACCACCGAGAAGACUAUUGAAAAUCCAACUCGUGCUAAGGACUCAGGAAAGCGUUUACGUCUGGAAAACGUCAUGUGGUCGGACGAAGGGGAGUAUCGUUGUGUAGCAUUUAACAUGAUAAGUGGAACGAGAAGGGAAACACCUAGCGAAGUACGUUACGUGUUACACGUUACCGGACCUCCCGAGAUACAAGCCAGACCGUCCGGUUCCGGUGAAAAUGGUUCUUAUGAGUCGAUAGGAUGGGCCGGUGAACCUGUGCAUCGACUAAAGUCUCGCUUUUGUUCGCGACCACCACCUCGACUCGUUGCUUGGCAAUGGGGGAGUUCUCAUAUCAGAGCAGGUGAAAGCAUACAGCCAAAAUAUGAAGCGUUGCCAUUAGAGCCGAUCAUCGAAGACAAAAUGGUGACGAAUUGUUAUUGGGCCAAAUUGGAGAUCAAGAAUUUACAAAAAGAAGAUUCGCGCAUGUAUACUCUUCUGGUGGAGAGCGAGAAGGGUAGAGAUUCGACGAAUAUCAAAUUGAUCAUUCGCGAUCCGUCGGAAAUGAAAGUGAUCGCUGCUGCUUCGGCCAUUGGUUUGUUACUUUUACUCCUCUUGAUAUCGAUAGGAAUUUUUUCUUUGUUGAGAAUGAAACAAAGACGAUAUAGAUGUGAAGAGGACGAAGGUAGUAUCGCAGCUGAUGCUCUUUAUGGUAAUAAUGUUUCGAUGGAUCGUCAAAAAACAACAAAAACGUUGUCGGCGAGCAAGGGUUCUGCAAGUAAAUCAACUCAAGAUGGGAAUUUGGCAGUUCUAUACGAUUACGAUCAAAUAGCGAAACAAGCUCGAGCUAUGAGUCCAGAAGCUUUGAAAGUGAGAAGAGCUCCGGCUGUGUUACAACCACCCACGAUGGUGUGAUCGAUUGAGACAUUCGUUUUUCGAUUAAAUUCUUCGGUAAAUACCUUAUAUUUUAUAGUUAUGAUAUUUCAUUACCAACAAAACAAUGAGUAUUUCAAAUAUAAAAGGUAUUUAUCGAAGAAUUGCAGUCAUUUGCGAUCAAGUUAUGUUUUUAAAAAAAAGACUAUUAAGGAAAAAUUUUUAAUAUCAAUGUACAAAGAAAUAUAUUCGUACGAAGGAAUAUAUAUAUAUACCGUAUAUUUUUUGUAAUCUAUUGUCAAAAAUAAAGUUUCCUUCUGGAAAUGAAUGAGUAUAUGUUAAAAUAAAAAGAAA